AUGGAAGGAAGCGUAGACCAGAGUGAGAAUUGCUCAAAUCCGAAUCCCGCGGAAACGGAUUCCGACUCGGCGCGCAGCAUCACACGACGGGCGUACGCGCGUGUGGGGCUGUUGGGGAAUCCCAGCGACGGCUACAACGGAAAGACUCUUUCCUUCUCCCUCGCCAACUUCUUCGCCGAAGUCACGUUACAGCCUUCGCGAACUAUACGAAUCAAGCCGUGUGCGGGCGGCGACAUCGCCGAAUUCGCGUCGCUUAGCGAUCUGGCGGAACAAUCCAACCAGCAACGGCUUGAGCACGCGGAUGGCGGCGUUUGUCUUUUAGUGUCGCUGUGCGCGUGUGUCCACGAUUACUGCCAGCAGCACGGCGUUGACUUGCCACAAAACGCCGCCUUCACUCUCUCCUACUCCACCAACAUUCCUCGCCAGGUGGGUUUGUCAGGAUCCAGUGCAAUCAUUACUGCCGCCCUAAGCUGCCUCCUCCAUCAUUGCCACCUCCACCGUGCCAUUCCCGUACCUGUUCGCCCAAACCUCAUCCUCGAGGCUGAGAGCAGGCUCGGUAUCGCGGCAGGCCUGCAGGAUCGGGUCAUCCAAACCUACGGUGGACUGGUGUUCAUGGACUUCAACCAACCACAUCUAGAAGCACAUGGCUACGGCGUCUACCAGCUCAUUGACCCGGCUCUCUUACCUCCACUGCAGAUCAUCUUCGCAGCCAAUCCCAGCGACUCAGGCCACGUGCACAGCUCCGUGCGCGCCAGGUGGCAGGCGGGUGACGUGGCAGUGCGCCAGGCCAUGGCUGACGUGGCAACGCUGGCAGAGGAGGGGCAGAAUGCACUGGUGGCACGGGAUUGGGGGAAGCUCGCUCGGUUGAUGGACCGGAACUUUGAUCUGCGCAGGCAGAUGUUUGGAGACGAGGUGCUAGGGGAAGUGAAUCUGAGCAUGGUGCAGGCAGCACGGGCCGUGGGGGCAGCAGCCAAGUUCACAGGCAGCGGUGGUGCCGUAGUGGCGUUUUGCCCUGAGGGGGAGCAGCAGAGAGCGAGGCUGGAGGAGGCGUGCAGAGAGAAGGGGUUCUGUGUGGUGGAUGCUGCUGUACAGUUGGAUUGA